GCGGUCCUUACGUGGCUAAGGGGGAGCUGCAACACAUUAUCGUUUGCGAUCGUUUGUGUGUGUGUGUGUGUGUGUGUGUGUGUGUGUGUGUGUGUGUGUGUGUGUGAGAGAGAGAGAGAGAGAGAGAGAGAUGAAGCUGUUUAUUGAGGUGGAGAUCUCAGCGGAGGAGAUACCUCUCGCAACGGAGCUAUUCCGAACUCUCAGAACUUUGACGGAUCAUGUCAAAACCAGAGAUGUUGGGAAGCUUUUCCAGGCGCUGAUUGCAAGGUUGGAAAAUGGAAAUGAGCUGGAUAGUGUUGCAGAGGAGAUCAGUGUUCUCUUGGCAGAUGGAGGAGGAACGGCUUACAGGGACUUCUGGGAUGCCUUUGUGUCUGUUGUCUUCAACAAAGACCUUGUUAUUAGACAGCAGAGUGUUGUUCCCUUUAUGUUCCUGCUUCCCAGAUUGCCGGAGCCUGGGAAGACCCAAAUCAGGGACUUUCUUAUUCCUAAGGUUCUGAAGCACUUAACUAUCAAGCGGCCAAUCGAGACGAAUAGGAUGGACUUCUUUGCUCAUGCGGAAUCAUUUGCAGCUCUUGUUAACAUGGGUUUUCUAAAUGUAACAGGUGCAGUAAGAUCAAUUACUAACCUUCUUCAGAAGCCAGAGAACCGGUCUGCGGCAGUCACAAUGCUGGGGAAGACUGUUGAGCUCUGUCUACAACAGCUGACAGAGGAAUGUGAGCCUCAGAAGUUGCAAGACCUAGCUGCGGCGCUUUCAAAUGUUACUGACGAAGUUUUCCAGUAUGAUAUCAACUACAUUGAGGAGAGUAUGGGGUGGACAAGGGUUCAGCCUCAGGUAGCACCACUUGAUCAAGGUGGCGGUGGUACAUCUGUGGGAAUGGUGGGAGCUGUGGGGCCUGUGGGACCUGUUCAAGCACCCAUAGCAGCAGAAAAUUCAGGGAUGGCUGAUGGGGGAGGAACUUAUGGAUUAAGACCAGUGACCUCUUUCUUUGGUCAUCAGAGCACAAUAUUUGCAAUUUGUUAUGAUGAGACUCGGCAACAACUUGUCAGUGGAGGAAAAGAUGGAGUCUCAAUAACCUGGUCUCCAGAAGGUCAGGUGGUACAAACGUGGGACAUGACUAGACAUUAUGCGUGCUCAAUGGAUAUCCAUCAGUCACACCGUACACUUCUCGUUUGUGGAGUUCAGAAGGAGGACGUAACUACACAAGCAGGAGGAAUGGUUUCUCCACCUCCCCCUCCAUGCCUCGUGGCUUAUUCUCAUGCUGAGAGAGGUUGGCAAGAACAUGGGCGACUAUCGAAGGAGUCUUCAAAGCUUGUUUCUUGUAUAAAGGCAAUGGGCCAUGGAGCGGAGCAUGGUUGUGUAACGGGUGAGACACGGCAUGGCGAAGGGGGCUCUCAGCAGCUUGACGAGCGCGUGUGCUAUUAUGACAUUCAAGCAGCUUCUUCAUUCUCAAAGAUGGAACCAAUUCAUCAAUACACCGAUCACCAGGAUUUGAUUACCUGUGUUUCCCUUAUUCCACCAAACCCUAAUAUUUUUAUGUCUGGUUCGAGAGACUUCACUGUACGCAUCUGGGAUCGAAGACGAGAUGGAUGCGUUGGAAUGUUUGGAACGAUGUCGCAAAAUGGGCGUAUUCAAGCUCAUGAACAGAUGAUCACAUGCUUGGAUGCAAGCGAUGUUUCAAUGGUCCUAUCGGCAGGGAUCGACUUUCGGGUGCUGAUGUGGGACUUCAGGACAUUGGGACAGAAUGGAAGCCCGCCUGUUGGAACAGUGCAGCUGGACGACUCCCCGUUUCUAAAGGUGGCGCUUGGAGGGAAUCCUAACUGUGCAGCAGUGAGCACCUUGAGAGGGCUUUACAUGGUUGAUUUUAACAAUGUGAUGCGUCGAUUCGGAAUCGCGGAACCCUUCGCGGACAAACGUCGUGUUGGGCGAUACCAUGAUCUGAAAUGGGCGCACGGCCGCAAGCUACUUUAUGCAGCUGGAGACGACAUGCGUGUUGACGUGUACUCGUUCCUCGAGUGAGAAAGGAGACACAAAUGUGUGUGCUCGUUCCCCAGGUGAGAAGACGAUAGGCAUGUGCCGAUUCGCAUUCGUAGCCCGGAUGAGAGGAUUGACUUGUACGGUGAUGUUUACGCGUUCAUCAGGGGAGAAAAUAGCAGGACAUAUCAGGGCAUGGCAUGGCAGGGAAACUCCAUACGCAGGCUCCACAGGUCUGGCCGCAGCCUGGAAGACUGCGUGCAAGGUCAUUGACAACAACGGUACCAAUAAAUGAUGCAUGUUUUGUGGCCAUGUCUCAUGCAAUGCUAUCGCUCUAUGCGUUUCUCCACUGUACAUUACUAGGCUAUUGUUGUGGGUUUAUGGGGGUCUCUUCUGUAGUACAAGGGGCUUUUUGUAAUGGUAUGUUUUUGCCGAUUGCGCACGACUUUACUUGGCAUGCAAUAUCAUCAGGACAGGGUUUAAGUUGUUUAACCAUUGAAGAUAGAGUGGUCAUAACAAUGGGGGAUACCUAGCUCAGCUGGUACAUCAUGAACUGUUGAAGUAUAGACCCGAAUUCGAAUCCAGAUGGGGAAAAAGGGCUGGUUGUCUGUUCUGGCCCUUCGUCGCUAGAAGGGCAAAGGUGGGUGUCAGGAAUAAGCAAGAAGAAAGU